ACAGCCUCCUCUUGUAAAUAGAGAGUACAAAGGUUCCUCCGAGUAGCGUGUCUGCCGGGCAGACGCUGAUGCCACGGGGAGAGGCCUUAGAAGGAGCCCAGGAAAGUCCCAGGUUAACAGCCAGCACAGGCUGCCAUGGGUUCUGUUGGGAGCCAGCGCCUUGAGGAGCCCAGCGUGGCAGGCACACCAGACCCGGGCAUAGUGAUGAGCUUCACCUUCGACAGUCACCAGCUGGAGGAGGCGGCAGAGGCGGCUCAGGACCAGGGCCUUAGGGCCAGGGGCAUCCCGGCUUUCACGGACUCCACACUGGAGGAGCCGGUGCCUGAUGACCGCUACCACGCCAUCUACUUUGCAAUGCUGCUGGCUGGCGUGGGCUUCCUGCUGCCGUACAACAGCUUCAUCACGGACGUGGACUACCUGCAUCACAAGUACCCAGGGACCUCCAUCGUGUUUGACAUGAGCCUCACCUACAUCUUGGUGGCGCUGGCAGCCGUGCUCCUGAACAACGUCCUGGUGGAGAGACUGACCCUGCACACCAGGAUCACCGCAGGCUACCUCUUAGCCUUGGGCCCUCUCCUUUUUAUCAGCAUCUGCGAUGUGUGGCUGCAGCUCUUCUCUCGGGACCAGGCCUACGCCAUCAACCUGGCCGCUGUGGGCACCGUGGCCUUCGGCUGCACAGUGCAGCAAUCCAGCUUCUACGGAUACACGGGGAUGCUACCCAAGCGGUACACACAAGGGGUGAUGACCGGGGAGAGUGAGUAUCUGCAGAUCCCCGGGGGAGGGGGUGCUGAGCUGCCCUGGGCUCUGGAAGCUUCUUCCCGGGGGCUCCCCAUGAUGCGCCCCGAGCAGGAGGGUGCAGCCACACAGCAGGCACUGGGUAAAUGCCCCACGGUGGGGGUGUGUGAGCGGCGUCGGGGUGGGGCUGCUGAGCACCCAGCCCCGGCCCCGGCCCCCAGCGGGUCCCCAAAGGACAGCCCAGCCCAUGAGGUGACCGGCAGCGGCGGGGCCUACAUGCGCUUUGAUGUGCCGCAGCCAAGGGUCCAGCGCAGCUGGCCCACCUUCAGAGCCCUGUUGCUGCACCGCUACGUGGUGGCACGGGUGAUCUGGGCCGACAUGCUCUCCAUCGCUGUGACCUACUUCAUCACGCUGUGCCUGUUCCCUGGCCUCGAGUCUGAGAUCCGCCACUGCAUCCUGGGCGAGUGGCUGCCCAUCCUCAUCAUGGCUGUGUUCAACCUGUCAGACUUCGUGGGCAAGAUCCUGGCAGCUCUGCCCGUGGACUGGCGGGGCACCCACCUGCUGGCCUGCUCCUGCCUGCGCAUAGUCUUCAUCCCUCUCUUCAUCCUGUGCGUCUACCCCAGCGGCAUGCCCACCCUGCGCCACCCCGCCUGGCCCUGCAUCUUCUCGCUGCUUAUGGGCAUCAGCAACGGCUACUUCGGCAGCGUGCCCAUGAUCCUGGCGGCGGGCAAAGUGAGCCCCAAGCAGCGGGAGCUGGCAGGGAACACCAUGACCGUAUCCUACAUGUCGGGGCUGACACUGGGGUCCGCCGUGGCCUACUGCACCUACAGCCUCACCCGCGACGCCCACGGCAGCUGCCUGCACCCCUCCACCGCCAAUGGCUCCAUCCUCUCAGGCCUCUGAGCCAGCUCUGCCCACUGCCAGGGAUGCCGAGGGCCUGACCAGGGGCCCCGAGGCCUGAAGGCCCCUCCCCCGUCCCCACCUCAGUGCCUGCGGGGCCCUGAGCCUCUCCCUGUGCCAGCAGCGCCACCCCCUCUGGGUCCAGCCAUCCCCAAUCCUGGCCUGAAGUUCUGCAAAGUCCUUCGAGGACCGGGACACAUUUCUGUGACCCGGGGCUCUGGCCAGCACUGUGUUCUGUGUUUGGUCUCAUACCUGCCUCUACCUUCCAUCUGUGUCCAGCGGCCCCAGCUCCAGCCCAGCCAGCACUCUGUGGGGUCACAUGCACCGUAUCCCCACUCAGGACAGCAGACGCCCGCCAGAGUGUGCGUGCCCGGUGACUGCACCCCGGCCCUCAUCACCCGCUGCCACUGAUUGGGGCACCACCUGGUCAGCCUCCACCAAGGACCCCUCAUGAACCCUGGAGCCCUGAGAGGAGAGAGGCAGCCCCCCACCUUGUCACCCUCAGGCCUCCCCCUUCUGUCCUCAUUCUUAGAGACUGCUUCUCCCAAACAAAACGCGUUAGCCAUGAAGGAGUUGGAGCCCUGGGUCCGAAGGGACCCGCCUGCGGUCUGCGUCAGCCUCUCGGGAACCACAGCAGUGGUGCCAGCCAGGCACAUCAGGACCUCCCCACACACCCACGCGAUGCCACAGGCCAGGGGGCUGUGCCUGACUAGGGAGCCCUCCCAUUGCCGCCUUGGCCCAUGACAGAAGAGGGGAGGUAAGUCUGGGGGCUGCGAAGUAGGGCCCCCACACCCUGGCUGAAGUCAGCUUGACCUAGGUCUUGACCCUCAUCCAGCAAGGGACCCGACAGACCCAAGGGUCCCUAGCAAGUAGGGAGGGGCUGGGGGCACUCCAGCCUGGGUCCCCCAGAACACCAGGCCCGUGUGGGUGGCACCCUGAGGUCGGGGGAUUCUAAGGGUGUCCUUCCAGAGACAGCGUUUCCAGGGGGAGGAUGGCCCACCGUUACAGAACCCUGGCCCUGGCUGUGACUGCCCUGUUUCAACCCUGCUGUGUCCCGUCACCCGUCUGUCCACUAACUGUACCGCACUGGCCAUUAAAAGAUAAAGCAGACCGCUGCACUGCCGCCU